UUUUUUUAACUGAUGGGGAAAUUGAGGCGCUGAGGAGUUAAGCGGCUUACGCAGGACCACCUGCCAGUUGGAUUCAUGUUCCUGGCUGGGCCACAUCUCCGGCUGCCUUGGAUGAACCCAGGGGCCCCGUGUUUGCUGCAGGUGUGUUCUGAAAGGGGCCUUCCAUGCUGUGGACCCUCAGCCAGUAGCCAGCCAGCUGGCAUCUUGGAGGGGGCUUUUACGGAGCUGGUCCUCGCUGUGGGGACAAGGCAGCCCCAGGCGGUGGAGACAGAGCUGGGAAAACUUACUCUUCUCUGAGUGCCAGCACCCAGGAAGCAGCACCCAGACGAGCUGCUGAAGAGUUCCAGGGGCAGAGAGCAGGGCCUGAGCGGGCUUGAGGUGACGAGUCUCAGCCUCUUGCCUGGAGCUGAGGAGAACCAGCAGGCUCCGGGCGAAGGAGCUGCUAGAACAAUGCUGAGGCGGCCAAGGUGAGGAGCAGCCCGCGCGGCAGCCCCGACGGAGUAUCUCGCACAGGUGAUCGGAGGAGCCAGGAAACCGAGGCCACCUGGGCGUCCCUCCCCUCGCCUGGGCCGGCCGGAGCCUCAGAGACAGUGGAGAAACCAUGGCGACCAAUUUCAACGACAUCGUCAAGCAGGGCUACGUGAAGAUGAAGAGCAGGAAGCUCGGGAUCUAUCGGAGGUGCUGGCUGGUGUUCCGGAAAUCCUCCAGCAAGGGGCCCCAGCGGCUGGAGAAGUAUCCAGAUGAGAAGUCAGUGUGCCUCCGAGGCUGCCCCAAGGUGACGGAGAUCAGCAAUGUCAAGUGUGUCACACGGCUCCCCAAGGAGACCAAGAGACAGGCAGUGGCCAUCAUAUUCACCGACGACUCAGCACGUACCUUCACCUGCGACUCAGAGCUGGAGGCAGAGGAGUGGUACAAGACUCUCUCUGUGGAGUGCCUGGGGUCGAGGCUCAACGACAUCAGUCUGGGAGAGCCGGACCUCCUGGCCCCAGGAGUGCAGUGCGAGCAGACAGAUCGCUUCAACGUCUUCCUGCUGCCCUGCCCCAACCUGGAUGUGUAUGGCGAGUGCAAGCUGCAGAUCACCCACGAGAACAUCUACCUCUGGGACAUGCACAACCCCCGCGUGAAGCUCGUCUCGUGGCCCCUCUGCUCACUGCGCCGCUAUGGCCGGGAUGCCACACGCUUUACCUUCGAGGCUGGCCGGAUGUGUGACGCUGGGGAAGGGCUCUACACCUUCCAGACACAGGAGGGGGAACAGAUUUACCAGCGGGUCCACAGUGCCACCCUGGCCAUCGCCGAGCAGCACAAGAGGGUCCUGCUGGAAAUGGAGAAGAACGUGAGGCUGCUGAACAAGGGCACGGAACAUUACUCAUACCCCUGCACGCCCACUACCAUGCUGCCCCGCAGUGCCUACUGGCACCACAUCACAGGUUCCCAGAACAUCGCUGAGGCCUCCAGCUAUGCCGGUGAGUCACUGCUGGGCCCCACCCCUACCGGCCAGGAGGCUCUGUGGAGGACAAGGCAUGUUGGGCAGGGGCCUUCUAUCCCGGCCCCAAGGCCUCAGCCUGCCUCUGUGUCCACAGGUGAGGGGUAUGGGACGGCCCAGGCCAGCUCAGAAACGGACCUCCUCAACAGAUUCAUCCUGCUAAAGCCAAAGCCCAGCCAGGGGGACAGCAGUGAGGCCAAGGCCCCUUCCCAAUGACGGCAGAGCUGGCACGCACAGAUGACCACUGGGGCUGCCUGCAGCGUGUCGUGGAUGGCAUGGAGGGGCUGUGGGCCAAGAGCCUGGGGAAAGGGAGCAAGCAGUCCCUUCUUUGCCCCCGAGGGUGAGACUGGACCAAGGCAAAGGGCUGGCCAUGCCACCUGAGCAUGUGUGAGGGGCUGGAGCUACCACGGGACUAUAUACUGUUGAUGAUUUUAAUAUAUAUGGCUUAUGACGUAUUCUAUAUUAAUAAGAUUCCCCCUCUGACCCUCCCUGCCACCACAUACACAUUUUUUAAUCCCAUGACCAGGCCACAGUCAAGGCUGUUUUUGAAUGUGAGGGCAGCGGUUUCCCUGUCCCCCAUGGUACCAGCCCUCCUGCUGCCAGGACCUGAGCUGCCAGGGCCAGAGGAGGGAGACACUCCACACUCCGGGCUGCUGUGCUGGCUGCUGGCUUUUCCCAAGCAGCCCAGGGGCGGAGACAGCAGGUGGCUUCUCAGUCCCUCUGGGCCUAGAGUGGCACAGGAAGGAUCCGAACUUACACUGUGCCACUUGGUAGCCUUGCACUUGGAGUUUUCAGCAGAGGUGACAUCUGGUGACACCUCAGGUGAAAAUCUGGUUUGAAAAUGGUUUCUGCCCAGACUCCUUCCUGCUUAGCAGGCUGAGGAGACGCCCUGGGGGUGGGGGGUGCUGGUUACAUCAGCCCGGGGAGGACAGCCAGUCCCGGGCGCUUUCCUGCCCCCGGGCCAGGCCGGCCGCGCAGGAGGAUUGCGGGGGGGCGCGCCCUGCUGCCCGCUCUCAGUGACCAGCGUGGGCAGUGCUCCCACAGAGGGAGCCCCUCUGCCCUGUCUGGCCUCCCUCCGGCAGCCAAAGUACUCAGAAGCCGAGCCCUCCCCACUUCCCCCUCCACAUGGUGCUGAGGCUCCCUGCUGAAAUGCAAUUAAAGCAACUGAUUUUCUAGUGCUGGUAUUUACUGACGACCGUGCAGAAGGGCUAUCUUUUUACUCACAUCAAACCUUUGGUUGCGUGUGUGUUGGGUUGUUUUGUUUUUAAUAUUUUAGGGUUCUGAUUUGAGGGAACAGACCUUCUUGUAAAUAACCAUUAUUGAAGUCGUGGCAGGAGGAUGAUAAAGCAAGAGGCCCCCUCCGACAGAGCACCGGAGCCCGGGAGGUGGCCACAGCCCGCUCAGCUCUGACCCUGACCCAGGCAAUGACCACCUAGAGGAAUAAGCUAGCCUGAAGAAGGGAGCCCAAAGGCCACGGAGGGGAGGCAGAGCUGGCUGGCUUGGUUAGUGGCACGAUGAUGCAUGAAGGCGAUUACGUACGUUUUGCUCUUUAUUGCCAAAAAUAAAAACUUUAAAAGACAA